AUGACUCAUAAGUUCAGCUUAGUGCCCGGUGGCUGCGCUGGUGGAUGCGAGGCAGACAUGGCAGAGUUGAAGGUUCGCUUGGCUCGUCUGGAGAGAGAGAUGUCCUCUCUGAAGGAAAAAUGUCCGUGUUCUGCAAAUUGUCCAAAUGAUUGUAGUGGCAAUGGGGAAUGUCAGAAAGGAAAAUGCGUCUGCCAAGAAGGAUUCCUGGGUCCGGAUUGCAGUAUUUGUGCCCAAGGAGCUGAGUGUAGUAAAAAAGAAGCCAAGGGAACAAUUAAGGUAAAAGUGGACACAGUAGCCCUGAAGGUAAACAAAGAAAGUAGCACAGUCAAAGAACAGGAAAGAAGCAGCACUGCAGAACAAGUCGAGAAAAAGGAGCAAAAGAAGGGGACCGAUUCCAAGGGGACGGAUGUUAAAUCAAAGCUAGCUGUUACAGCUAAACUAGCUCUUGCAAAAGCACAAGUCAACGUUGAUGCUUCUGGAAAGAAAAUGACAAUAAAGGGCACCACAAAGACAACCAUUCCGACUGUUGGCCAAGCUUUGUUAAAGCACGGAGGAAGAAAACAAGAAGAGGCCCGCAAAGGCAAAACCGCAGGACUGGCUCCUAAAAAAACAGAUCUGAAACUUGUCAAGGAAGUAAGCAAGGUUAAAUCCUAUUCCAAGUCUGACCAACUGAAAGAUGAACCUCAAGCUAACAUAACCCAGACUGAUGCAACAACAACAACAAAGUCAAAUGACACAGCUAAAAUUGGAAAAAUUCUUACCAGGAUUAUGGGAACCAACAAAACCAGAGCUGGAAAAGACACCAUGGAGCAAUCCACACUAUUAGAAAAGAAUGCUACUCAACAUUCUGGGUCGAAACACAUCAAGAAGGUCAAAGUAGAUGCAGUAUCUGAGCACUCGACGGAUGGCAAGACUGGACACGGCAGAAAUACUACAACUGAUGCUAUCAAGACGGAAAAAGGGAAGGAUAGCAUAACAGUGCACACUAUUGAUGCUAAGACCGGUAAAGGGAGAGUUACAACUAUGCAAACUGCUAAUGCUAAGACUGAGAGACAAACAACAACUUUGCACUCUGUUGAUAGCAGAAACACAGAUGCUAGCCGGAGUGGAAAAGGCAAAGAUGUCAUCACCGUGCAAUCUGUUGAUGGUAAAACUGGAAAAGGGAGACACACCACAACUAUUCACUCUGUUGAUGAAGAAGAGACUGGUAAAGGGAGAGAUAUAACAACAGUGCAUUCUGCUGAUAGCAAGACCGGAAGUGUGCAAUCUGUAGAUGGGAAGAUCCAUAAAGGGAAAGAUACCGUAACUGUGCACUUGGGUGAUGGUAAGACUGGAAAAGGGCGAAACACCGUCACUGUGAACACUGCUGAUGGAAAAACUGAACAAAAUAGAGACACUACAACUUUGCAUUCUGUGAAUGACAGAAAUACAGAUGCUAGCAAGACUGGACAGGGUAGAGACGUGACGAUGCACUCUGUUGACGGCAGGACUGAGCAAGGCAUACAAACUACAAUGACUGUCAAAGCAGGAAAAGGGUCUGAUACCGUAAAAUUGCAUAUUGUUGAUGGUAAGACCGGUGAAGGUAUGCGUACUACAACUGUGAACUCUGCUGACAACCGAAAAACAGAUACUACCAAGAUUGGACAGGGUAGAGACGUGACGAUGCACUCUGUUGAUGCAAAAAUCGGAAAUGGAAGGGAUACUAUGACUUCGCAAUCUGUUGAUGGCAGGACUGAGCAAGGCAAACAAACUACAACGACUGUCAAGGCAGGAAAAGGGUCUGAUACCGUAACAUUGCACACUGUUGAUAGUAAGACCGGUGAAGGUAUGCGUACUACAACUGUGAACUCUGUUGACAACCGAAAAACGAAUACUACCAAGACUGGACAGGGUAGAGACGUGACGAUGCACUCUGUUGAUGCAAAAAUUGGAAAAGGAAGGGAUACUAUAACGACGCACUCUGUUGAUGGUAAGACCGGUGAAGGUAUGCGUACUACAACUGUGAACUCUGCUGACAACCGAAAAACAGAUACUAGCAAGACUGGAAAAGGGAGCGAAACCAUUACUGUGUCUGCUGAUGGCAAGACUGUACAAGGAAUGGAUACAGAAAGUGUACGCUCUGUGGAUGACGCAACCGGACAAAGCAGAGACGCCGUUAGCGUGCACUCCGUUGACGGCACACACACAAAUGCCAUCAAGACCGGCAAAGGGAGAAUCAGUCUGAGAAAUGCAACUGUUGUAGAUGAAGCUAAGGCUUCCCAGAGCCAGACAACUACCAAUGGCGGCUCUGUGACCAGUACCAGAAAGACAGGAGGAUUAGGUUCAGUGAAGGUUAUGAACAUCUCCACCCAUAGCUUCAUUAUCACGUGGUCGGCACCACAAGGAAUGUUCAAGAACUUCACUGUGAUCAGAAGAGAGCCGAGAACUGAAGGCGAUGAGGACUUUGAGGAGUUUGAAGAGGAGGCUUUUGAAGGAGAUGUUGUCCAAUCAGCUAAGAAUACAAUGGAGGUCCAGAUGCACAAGGAGAUCACAACUUCUUCGGGUAAAGUUGUUACAUCGAGAAGUAAAGCAGAAACCAAAAGGAUCAUGAUGGUGGUCCCUGGAAAUGUGCGAUCGGUUGAAUUCAGUAACCUUCGCGCUAGCACACGCUAUGUCCUGCACAUAUACGGCACUUCUGCUGACAGACGAUCCAAGAUUCACAGAGUUAUUACAACGACAGGUCCUGAGGCGGCCACAGAUAUGGUUUUCAGUAAAAUAACAGAAACAUCAAUAACGGUGUCUUGGUCCAAACCAAAGAGCAUAAUCACAGGCUACACGGUCACAUACACCCACAUUGUCACAGGAGAAACGCAUUCGGUGAGCUUGGACUCCAAGCAGAAUCAUGCAGUUCUUUCCAAGUUGUCCGCUGGAUCAUCCUACAUAGUGACUGUAACAUCUACACAAGGAAAAACCCAGAGUGACGCCCUUGUGUCUAUUAUCACUACAGUGCCAGCACCUCCAACCCAUCUCCGGGCCAUCAAUGUGACAGAUACCAGAGCAGUACUGCAAUGGACACCCAGCUUGGGGAAGGUGGACCGCUUCAUCAUAAGCUACGAGUCCUCCAAGACUCCUAAUGUAACCGUGACGGUGAUGGUGUCUGGAAGCUCUGUGGAGCACCAACUGAGAGGCCUGCAGAGAGGAACCGUGUACACUGUCAAAGUACUCAGCCAGAAGGACAGUCUUCAGAGUGCAGCCAUUACAACUUCAUUUACCACUGCCAACGUGGUCAAAGCAAGUGAAGUGGGUGCUCGCUCCGCACUGAUCACUUGGAGAAGUUCCACUGUCGUUUACCACAGUUACAGACUGAUCUACCAAGUGGUAGGAGAAGUAGCAAAGGAGCUUCACCUGGAGUCCACCAUCACAGAGUAUAAACUGACAGGGUUGAUACCGAUGUCACGCUACAAUGUUCUAGUACAAGGCGAGAAAGAUGGACAAUACACAUCUAUUGUCACCACUGAAUUCAUCACAGGAAAGCUGCGUUUUCCGUACCCUACUGAAUGCUCUCAGGAGCUGCUGAACGGAGCUCUUCAGUCAGGGGAGGUGGAUAUCUACCCCCAGGGCAAGGAUGGACAGGUCGUGAGAGUCUACUGCGACAUGGAGACUGAUGGGGGCGGUUGGACGGUGUUCCAAAGAAGAAUGAGUGGGAAGACCGAUUUCUACAGAACCUGGAGUGACUACAGAGGUGGCUUUGGAAACCUCAGCGAAGAGUUCUGGCUCGGAAAUGAGUUGCUACACAACCUGAGCAGCAUCGGCCCUGUGAGUUUGAGAGUGGACCUGACAUCGGGAAAUGACACGGCGUAUGCCCACUAUACCAACUUCUCCAUUGACUCAGAGGAGAACCAUUACGCCCUCAGUGUUUCCGGAUACACAGGAACAGCAGGUGACUCCAUGAGGUACCAUAACGGUCGUCCGUUCUCAACCUUGGAUAAGGACCCUGAUUCUUUGGGGAUCCACUGUUCUCGCGCCUACAUGGGAGGCUGGUGGUAUAAAAACUGCUACAAAACAAAUCUCAACGGACUCUAUGGCAUCAACACUAACAAUCAGGGAGUGGUAUGGAUAGACUGGAAAGGUAAAGACUCCUCCAUUCCCUUCACUGAGAUGAAGUUCAGACCAUCCAGGUUCUCUCCUGCGACACACGGCUAAGAUGUUAGCCUUGACCUGAACAACUUCCAGCUAAGAAUGAGCUUCCCAGAACUCCUAAUGAAAUGUUGUUGCUGGCCACUUUUCACCAGUUUGUUUUAAGGAAUCUCCGCAAGUGUGUUCCGACUCA